AUGCAGCAACACUCUGACUGGCACAGAAACUGCUGGUCCAGACAGACAGUUGACCACUUCAAAAACACAUCGCCUGACUGCAUACAGCUUCGCUCCGCAGAGGGCGAGUUGCAAACAAUCGACAAAGCGCUUCUCUGUUAUUACUCUACUUAUUAUGCUGCGGCAUUGGAUGGCCAGUUUGCAGAGGCUCAUCGAAAGGUAUUCGACGUCGAGCUGUCUGACAAGCAGCUCAAGGUAUUCGUAGACUGGAUCUACGCUGGUCGACUUGAGCUCCUAGCCUGGGAGCGAGAAGACCGUUUGAUGCUGUAUAUUUUCGCCGACUUCACCGACAACUUGGCUUUUCGUCGCCGAAUCAUGACCGAAGACGGAAGAAUGGAGAGAUACAGAGAAGUAGGCCUGGCGCUCUCUUCCCUUUCAAGUGGAUCACCGUAUUGCCGGCGAAUCAUUGACCACUACGCUAACCACUGGACACCCGAGGACGACAAAUAUGACGCUGUCGAAAACAUCCCGGAGAUCGUGAUCCACGGUGAUUUCUUCUAUGAAGUUCUUGUGCGCCAAUCUUCGGUCAAAGGUGUGAAACAGGAGAAGUGCAUAUGCUGUAGUAAUGUGUGCAAUUACCACGAACACGAAGGCGAGGAAGAGUGGAGAGCGACCUGUGGACAGCUACCGAAGUCAAAGAAGCCAGAGGAACGAUUCUUCUCCAAGAUUGGUUGA